CGUCCUAGAACACAAUAUAAGAAAUCAUAAAAAAUGGGUAAACAAAAUAGCAAACUAAAACCAGAGGUCUUAGAAGAUCUAAAGCAAAACACGGAAUUUUCAGAUGCUGAGAUACAAGAAUGGUACAAAGGAUUUUUAAAGGAUUGUCCGAGUGGACACUUAUCUGUAGAAGAAUUUAAGAAAAUAUAUGGAAAUUUCUUCCCAUAUGGAGACGCUAGUAAGUUUGCAGAGCAUGUGUUCAGAACAUUCGAUGCGAACGGCGAUGGCACGAUAGACUUCCGGGAAUUCCUGUGCGCGCUGAGCGUCACCUCACGUGGCAAGCUCGAGCAGAAACUCAAGUGGGCCUUCUCCAUGUACGACCUCGACGGCAAUGGGUAUAUCUCGCGGCAAGAGAUGCUCGAGAUCGUUACUGCUAUUUACAAGAUGGUCGGGUCGGUGAUGAAGAUGCCCGAAGAUGAAUCCACGCCAGAGAAACGGACCGACAAAAUAUUCCGACAAAUGGACAGAAAUAAAGAUGGGAAGCUCUCUCUCGAGGAGUUCAUCGAAGGCGCCAAGAGUGACCCCUCCAUUGUACGACUCCUCCAGUGCGACCCACAGUCGCAGUGAUACCUCAAACAUUAGCCUUGUACCAAAUCACUUGGUUUAUAUCCACACAAUUAUGAUAUACCUUAACCUAUUGUAAAAUAUCACCUACUUUACUAUGCUUGUAAGAGCUAGUGCGCGGUGUUAAGCGUUUUAGCACAUGAACAAUCUUUUUGGAUUAUUGUCCUAUUUCUUGGGAGUUCCCAGUUUCUUCCAUGUGGACAACAUUCGUAUAUUUGUCGUAUAUGAAGUCCAUUACUUGGAAAGUUGUGCGAGAUAAGGGUUGAUUGUGACUAUCGACGCACAAUCAAUUAGAGCAAUACUUUUGAAUUUAAACUCCCUUGGAAUGCGAAUUUCUACAAGUAAGAUUGGCUUUGCACCUAUCCAGAGUGUUAGGCAAAACCCAUUAAGGUUUUGAGAAUUUUAUCUCACAUUCGUAUCUGUAUAGCUAAAAAGCAUAGCAAUAAAAUUAUAAAUGAACACCAUAAUAAAACAUAUUCUAAAUAGUUAUGUAUACUGUAUAGGUCUUAUUUUAAAGUAGAACAACUAGACUUCUGGACAAAGAUUAUAACUGUAUUGUAUAGUGUGUUUUUCCAAUGUUUCUAGGUAGGUUAUACAUAUUGUUUCCAUGAAUUUGACUACUUGCAUUGCAGUGUAUAUCGCGUGUUUAAUCCACUUGUUGUAAUGUUUAAAUUGACGAAUUUGCAGUUGCAAAUUAGUUAUUUUAUCCUGGUUGUGUAGGUAAUAAUGUAAAUCCAUUCGGAUUUCUCCCUCACUUUACAGACUUAAUGGCCUUUUGCAGUCUCUCUUAACUUCUUUCGCGAAAAACCAAUGGAAGGCCGGUGUUAAAAAUGAUCGUAAUAAAUAAUUUACAAGAAAAGUUCACUCACAUCCAGAGUUUAUACGAUGUGGAGUUUAAAAAAACAUUGGACAGCUCAUUUUGUCUCGCGUGUCUAUCGCAAAUAAAGUAGCUUUUUUAAUUUCGUAAAUUAAAAAACUAAAUCAGUGACUUAACUAUAUAUAAGGUGAUAAAGUUAAUGAACAUUAAGUUUACUUUUCUUGAAACGAUGACAUAAGAGUAAAUUGGCCUAAUGUGAUGUUGAAAUAGGAGCUAACAUAAUUUUUGACGAUUACAAGUUUUUCUCUCGACCGGUAGACGAAGAUAAAAAAGACAAAUGAAAUCGUGAAACAUAAUGUUAUAUUACAUUGCUUCCUUGUUUAUAUUUUCUAAUGAUUUUUUGAAAUGUAAUGUCGCAUUUAGUUUUUAAAAGAGUGCUGUCGCACAUCGCGUAUUGUUUCAGCUCUGACCAGAGCCACGGUUUUAAACCUUUAGCACUUCUGCUUCUUCGAUAGAUGCUGUGCGAACAUGUAUAUAUUACUUAACAUAGUUCGCGAAGUCUCACAGAGAUGGCGCCACUGAAAGUAUGUAAGUAUGUAUGUUCAUAAUCGACUAUGGUUAUUCAUUCGAAUUUCCAUAGAGGGCAGCACUUCGUUGAAAUGUGUGGUUGUCUUUUCAUUGCUACUCCUUUUUUUAUAAUACCAAGUGAGGGAACGAACAAGUCGUGCGACUGGUGGUAAGCAACAGGCCUAUCCAUAAUAGUUGUAGUGCCACUCAGAGCUUUCACCACUGCCAUUGCGCCUGUCACCCUGAGACAUAAGUUGACAAAUCCCAUUUGCCUGUAAUUUCACCAGCACCCUUACCCCUCCAAACUGGAACGCAGCGGUUUUUAGAAAUAAUAAAAUCAACGUCUCGUUAAAAAAUUACUUGUGGUAAAAUAUGAAUUCACACUUCUCGGCAUCACAAUUAAUUUAAGUUUGUAUUUUUAACAUUAAGAAAACUUAGCUGAGGUCUGGUUCAGUAUUCCUAUUAAAAAUGAUAAUGUAGACGCGUUUAGUACACGUUUAGGUGCAAGUACCUUCUGGAACUUGAAAGUACAAAGCGAUUUUGUGUCCGGUGCUAGUACCGCAACUGAUAUCUACUUAGUCAUAACUUUGAUUGUAAGAAUUUACGCAUUCUACUUAUUCAAAUAACACACAUUCAAACAAAACACCGACUGUGUAAUUUCUUUUUUUAUCUUUGACAGUGAAAUUAAUUCUAUUUACUAUUUCAUGUAAGUAGCAUUUUUCGAGGUGUCAAUAUUAGUUUCAAACAACACACCGGCUGUGUAAUUUCUUUUUCUAUCUUUGACAGUGAAUUUAAUGCUAUCUACUAUUCAUGUAAGUAGCAUUUUUCGAGGUGUCCAUUUUAGUUUCAAACAAAACACCGACUGUGUAAUUUCAUUUUCUAUCUUUGACAGUGAAAUUAAUGCUAUUUACUAUUCAUGUAAGUAGCAUUUUUCGAGGUGUCAAUUUUAGUUAAAAUAAAAUUUGGCUGAUAUCGCAGCUAUAAACACCAGUUAUACGUAAUAAACAAAAUAUUGUCCAAUAUUGUAAAUAAUAAGUUUUGUUAAAAAUACGUAACUGUAAUUUUGAGUCAGGCUAAGUAUUAUAAUUGGUAUGUUUUAUUACAAACUGAAUUUUACAUUAAAAAUGCUAUUGUCCAAACAAAAAUAUUUUCAUAGUGAUUGAUUUUAUAAGAAUCCACACAACCUCAAAUGGCUUUGGUUGAUUCCACAUAACAGGGAAAGUAUUGAAUCAAUUACUUUAAAAAAAUAUAUCGUAAAGUUGAGGAUAUACAUUGAUUUGGUUACUAUACGGUGUGAAAAUGCGAUUCCAAAAAAUUUACACGAUAGAAAAACAACAAACAGACCUCGAAAUUUUACAAGAAAACCGCUGUAUUCAAUAGUUAAUUUACGUAUACCACAGAUUUUUUUUAUAUCAACUGAACUAAAUGGAAGACAUAUAAUACAAUAUUACACAUUUUUCAAAUGGUUAUAAUUUCUUUUGUCAAAAAAUAGAUUCUCAAAUAAGGCCAGUGUCCGUGCCGCUCGACCCAAGCAAAAAGAACCGUAUUAGUACGGGAAAAAUAUGAAUUCGAGCUGAGGUAGUAUCGACUCUUAAUUCUGCGAAUAAUCUUAUUAGCGAAUAAUCUUCUGCAGGUGGAUAAAUUAUUUCAGUGGUGGACAAUGUUCAUUGAGACAAUAGCUUAUGUUAGUUACAUUUUGGACUGAAUUAAUUGUUUAGUAAAAUCUUCCACGUAGUAAUCGACUUUGUAGUUAUUGGCUCUUAAGUUACUUCAUGUAAGGUACGUGUUUAUUUCAAUUUACAGUGUUUUUCGUGCGCAUCGCUUGUUUUUAUAUUUACUUUUUUAAAAGCCUAUAGCUUGAGUAAGAAACACAGUUCGAGUUUAAAAUGCUACAUGAAUUUCAUAGAAUUAGGUAAAUAGCGUUAUUAACAAGCUACAUAAACUCAUAUACAUAUAAUAUACACUUUUUGUACGUAUUUAUAAACGGUGUAGUAAAAGUUUACAAUAAUAAUUUUACAUUCCACCAACAAUUGCAAUGUGUUUUUUAAUAAUUUUGCUGAUCCUACGGUGGGAUUACCGGAAAUUAUUAUAUUAUCAAUAGGUCCGACAUGUUGUAGUACAAAAUAUUUGUGGGUAGAAAAACUAUUACUACACUUUUUGUAGCGUAUUUAUACUGGUCUGUAUUUUUGGUGGUCACUUUUUGCCAGUCCGUAUCUUAAUUAAAAGUAAAUAAUAAGUUGUUUAUUGCAGACAUUAAGGUCGUAUAUCAUAUAAAUGUUUUGAACUAUAUAAAGUGUGUUGACAGUAGAUUUACAUAUAAAUUUUAUUACAAUUUUACUUUUAGUGCCUCCAUGCAUAGUAUAAUUAUUGUGUACACACAUCGAAAUAAGUCUGUGAUCACCUGAUGCGGUUUUGGCAAUUUGCUUAUCCUGUGUAUCCACAUACCACUUUUGAUGUGUGUGUGUUCAAUCGUACUAACAUUUAAC